GAAUAUUAACCAAAGCCCAGCUCCUCAAAACAGGCUUGAACCAGCUUCACCGCCUGACGCGCGUUCCUCUGUGUUGAGUGAGAAUCGUGGUUUUAACUUUGUGAAACUUAGACUUGCCGAGUGCCACCUCUGUUCUUUCUCAUUGUUUGCUUGGGUCGCAUCACUGGGCGUAUCUUUACCCCACAGCCUCUUUCCAGGAGUUUCUGAGUGCUCUCUUGUUGUGAAGGUUAACUUAGUGAAAACUGGGUAAUCGUUUUAUCCUCUGGACCAGGCUCGCUGGAGUGCAGUCCUUUGCAGUAUGUCGACAGCAAACAAGUAAAGGGAGCCUUACUUGUUGGGAAGGUCCUGCCCUGACGUCGGAGCACGUUCACAUCUUACAAGACAAUUGACCUGAUAAACAUGCCUGACAAGGAAGCCGGUAUUAGUCUUCCUUGAGAUUUGUCUAAUCUGGUGGCAUGACCCCCUCCCUGCCCCCAAAUACAGACAGUGUGGGAAGGGAGACUGGAGAGACCGAGGGCGCUGCACCCAACAGAAGGGGCGGGUCCAUGUGAGUGACCAGGAGUCCUCUUUGGGAUGCUAGGGAGUGCACCUGCAGUCUUCCGGGAGCUGGGAGCCAGAAGUGGGGACAACAGGUCAUAGAGAGCCAUGUUUUUAUUACGCAGGAGAGAGGGCUCAGGGUAAUCGCAACCAGGAUAAGAGCUGGUCUCAGGAAAAGACAUGGUGCCGGUUCUCACAAGGCCUGUAUGAUGUGAUCCAAAGAAAAUGUUAAGAAAAGUCAUAAGGAAGAGAAGACACACUGUCCUAUACUGUAUUUGUGACCCCCCAAGUUUACAUCAUCAUUUACAAGAUGAAUUGUCCAUCUGUCAGCACCCAAGUCAGUGUUGGCUUACGUGACACAAAACACUGUAGAUGUUACCCACAUAGUGCAAACCACUGUUUGUCAAGAGUCAACUAUUCUUACAAAGCAAGAAUCAGCAGCCCAGUUCAGCUGUCGGUGACAGUUCCACUCCUGAGACAUCCAGAUUGGCAUUUCAAUCCUUUUCAGAAACAUCAGUUACAUUUCCAACUCGGGGUGCAAACAAAUAUCUUGUCUUAACCACUUUACUGCUGGGAAAAGUCAGGCCCAGCCUGCUAAGCUAAGGUGACCUCCGGCGCAGCAGCGGGUAGGGGCUACCAUGUUCUGAAUACCCGAAAAAUUGUGACUUACCACACCUGAGCCCUUUGUCCCAAGGCCCUGCGUCACCCAGGUGGACCCACCUGUUAUGUUCAGGCGCAGCCCUCUCUGUCCCCUGCACCUCACUUCCCACACUCCAUCUUUGUGAGAGAGAGGUAUCUCACCUGAUGGGACUAAUCUAAAGCAGGGCAGGCCCAGUCUGUGCUGUCCCCACUGCUGUCCGGCAUACAGUGGUGCCUGAUGCCCAGGGCAAGAGGGCAGGAGGAGCACUGGGACUCUCCGAACUCCCAGAGGAGACGUGGACAGACGGGGACAGCUCAGCGGGCUGCACCUCAGGGGCCAACCUGCCUCUUCCCUGUGCCCCGGUUGGACUUGGAGUGUAGAUGGUCAAGGCAGCUCGUGCUGUCCGGGACGGGAAGGGCUUUGGGUGUAGUGCUGUUGGGCUGAGCUGCGUUUCCGUGAGUCAUCACCACAAGAGUUGAUGUCCUGGGUCCUAGGGGUUGUCCCCGAAGAACGACUUCCUGCCAGAAACCCCACCUAUCACCUGGUAUUAAAUGGCAAACACUGUUCCUUUGUAGACAUGGCCCUGUCUAACCCACCUGGCCGCGGUGGCACCUUGCUACCACCACCUGGUGCCACCCAGCCAGGCCCGGGGCUUCACACUCCUGGCAUCUGACGUUCCAGGGACAGAUGUGCCUGGAGCAUCUCACUGGAGCAGACGCUCUUCCAGGGGCUGGACGGGGCGGUGAACAGGACGGACAGCGCUGCCCUCGGAGCUUGUGUUCCAGUGGAGGGCAGUAAGGAUUUUUCUGAACUAUUUAUGAUGAACUGGGCUGACUGUUUACAUAGAAGAGAAGAUUCCAUCAGCUUCAAGAUUUUCCACCAUCAUGUCAAUUACCACCUUCUGUGGGUUGACCAGAUGCACGGAUGGUUCCUAAAGGUUCCUGUGGUCCUCAUGAGGGCAAAGCAGACCCUUCACAACCCACGCUCCCUGCUGUGGGGCUGUACUGGAGCUUCAGGGGUGAGGGUGAGGCACUGCUCCGGGGGCAGGCCCAGAUGGACGUGCCUGCGAAACCUGCUCGUCUGCUGCUGCUCAGCCGCGACUGUGGCUGGCCAUCCGUCGUUUCUCGAGGACGAGGGAGACGAGUGCACGGAGCCUGUCCUGAGGAGAGCAGUCUUUGGUGCCUGAACUUUGAGUUUGGUGCAAGUCACGUGGCUUGAAACAGAUAUGAGUUCAUCUUAGCACUGGUUCUGGGGCUUUUCCCACCGGCCCCGCCCUGCCCAGCGGCUGGCAGCACACCUGGCCUCGAGGGGGACUCGGAUCCCAUCCCACUGCGAGGAGUUCCUGCACAGGCGCACGUGAGCAGCCUCGCGUUUUUAGCACACAGACCCCUUCCAGAGGUAUUCGACUCUGGCCGGUCCAUCCUGUCAUUCCAAGGGAAGAGAACCCGAUCCCAGGACUUCAUGGGCCUGACAGGCUCCCACCUGUGCCCAAGUGGAUGCACAGGGACAGUCACUGGGGCACCAAGAGUGCUGGAGAAAAGGUGCUCAGGCCCCGUCAUGGCGGAGCUGUGCCGCACGGACUCCUCGCUGGCGGCCCUGGACGAGGAGGUGCUGUGGGAGAUGCUGGAGGACCACCGCUGCAGGAUUGUGCGCAGCAUCUGCCCCAGCCGCCUCACCCCCUACCUGCGCCAGGCGAAGGUGCUGGGCCAGCUGGACGAGGAGGAGGUGCUGCAUGGCCCCAGGUUCACCAACACGGCCAUGAGAGUCGGACAUUUGCUGGAUUUGCUGAAGACUCGAGGGAAGAACGGGGCGCUUGCCCUCCUGGAGAGCCUGAAGUUCCACAACCCUGACGUCUACACCCUGGUCACCGGGCUGCAGCCCGCCGUGGACUUCAGCAGCUUCAGUGGGCUCAUGGAGACGUCCAAGCUGACCGAGUGCCUGGCGGGGGCCAUCAGCAGCCUGCAGGAAGAGCUGAGCCAGGAGAAGGGGCAGAAGGAGGCGCUGCUGCAACAGAGCCGGCGCCUGCAGGAGCGCCUGGAGCAGGCGGAGGCCCGCGAGCGGAGCCUGCGCCAGCUGGAGGCCGAGCACGGCCGCAUGCAGCGCGAGGUCAGCGCCCGCUUCCACGAGGUGCUGAAGCUGAAGGACGAGAUGCUGGGCCUCUCGCUGCACUACAGCAACGCGCUGCAGGAGAAGGAGCUGGCCACCACGCGCUGCCGCAGCCUGCAGGAGGAGCUGUAUCUGGUGAAGCAAGAGCUGCAGCGGGAGAAGAUGUCUUCUUCCUGUGAGCGGGAGUCUCGAGAGCGGUCGCUGAAGAUGGCGAGCGGCCUGGAGCCUGAAGACGAGGAGCUGAGCCGCCUGAAGGAGGAGAAUGAGAGACUCCGCUCCCUGACGUUCAGCCUGGCGGAGAAGGACAUUCUGGAGCAGAACCUGGACGAGGCCCUGGAGACCAGGCAGGAGCUGGUGGACCGCAUUCACUCUCUGCGGGAGCGGGCCGUGGCCGCUGAGAGACAGCGCAAGCAGUACUGGGAGGAGAAGGAGCAGACCCUGCUCCAGUUCCAGAAGACGCAGGCGGACUGUGAGAUCUACAAGGAGAGGCUGGGCGCCCUGCAGAGCCACGUGGUCGAGCUGCAGAAGGAGCGGGACCAGGCCUACUCAGCAAGGGACGGAGCCCAGGUGGAGAUUUCUCAGAGCCUGACGGAGAAGGACGCCCUCCGUAGGAAGGUGUUUGAGCUGACAGACCAGGUCUGCCGGCUGCGCCAGCAGCUGCAGGCCAAGUUGCUGCCGCCCGGGCCCAAGGAGGAGGCGGGGCCCAGGGAGCCCUGUCCGAAGGGGAAGCAGCGGCUGACGCGCACGUUUGCCCUCUGCCCGCGGGACGACGGCAGCCCCUCUGAGUCUCAGCUCUGCUCCGACCUGAGCGCCACGUCCAGCCGCGAGCUGGUGGACAGCUUCCGCUCCAGUAGCCCCGUGCCUCCCAGCCAGCAGUCCCUAUACAAGCGGGCCGCGGAGGACUUCCGGGAAGACCCCUGGUCUUUCAGUAGCUGCCCGGAAAUCCUGGAGGUAGACCAGGGGAGCUGCCUGGGUGCCAAGGUGGACGACGCCGACCUGGACUAUGAGAUUGUAGACCAGGCAGACCUUCCAGAGUCUGAGAACAGCCUGCAGCCGUCCUCUGGGGACCCCUGCCUCUCCACCAGCAGCAUCCCGGUGCGGCGGAGGCCGGCCCUCAAGAUCCUGAGCCAGGUCACGGUGCUGGCUUUCCAGGGGGAUGCGCUGCUGGAGCAGAUAAGCGUCAUUGGUGGGAACCUCACGGGCAUCUUCAUUCACCGGGUCACACCGGGCUCCGCGGCCGACCAGAUGGCCUUGCGCCCUGGCACGCAGAUCACGAUGGUGGAAACGGAGCCCUUGUCCAAGGCCGUCCUGGAGGGCAUGACUCUGGAGCGAGCCGUCAGACUUCUCCAGAGGGUGAACGGCUUCUGCUGCCUGUCUGUGAAGGUCAACGUGGAAGGUUAUAAGAAGCUGGUCCAGGACAUGGAAGCCAAAGUGGCCACGUCAGGGGACUCCUUCUACAUCCGGGUCAACCUGGCCAUGGAGGGGCGGGCAGAGGGGGAGCUGCAGGUGCACUGCAACGACGUCCUGCACAUCACAGACACGCUGUUCCAGGGGGGCAGCUGCUGGCAUGCCCACCGCGUCAGCCCCCAAUGCACCAAGGGCACCGAACACGGCGCUGUCCCCAACUACACGAGGGCCCAGCAGCUGCUCAUCGGCCUCAUCCAGGACAUGGCUCAUCAGAGCACCGUCGCCCGCAAGCAGCCUUCUGGGGGAGCCCGAAAGUUGGUCCGCAUCGUCAGUGUGGACCGAACCAAGGCCAGCCCUCUGUGGUCAUCCUUUGAUGGGGGCCAGUUGGACCCAAGCUGGGCAGAAGAGCCCCCCACCAUGGGCUUCUGGGCCGAGAGCUGCUUCACCCUGGUGCCCUACACCCUGGUGCACCCCCGCCGGCCCAGCCAGGCCCGGCCCGUGCUCUUCGUGCCCGGGGUAGUCGGGAAGAUCCUGAUCAAGAAGCUGUGCCUCCUCCACGGGUUUAAGAGAUGCCUAGCAGAGUACCUGAGCCAGGAGGAGUAUGACACCUCCUGCCAGAGAGGGGACAUCAUCCAGGAGAGGGAGGCACCCGGUGGCCACUACUGUGUGACCCGCAGAGCAGUCGAGUCCCUCAUGGAAAAGAACACCCACGCCCUCCUGGAUGUCCGGCUGGACAGCAUCUGUGUCCUGCACAAGAUGGAAGUCUUCCCCAUCAUCAUCCACGUCUCCAUCAACGAGAAGGUGGCAAAGAAAUUCAAGAAGGCCCUGCAGCGGCUUGGCACCACGGAGGACCAGCUCCUGGAGGCCGCCAGGCAGGAGGAGGGUGAGCUGGACAAAGCGCCCUGUCUGUACAGCAGCCUGGCCCCCGACAGCUGGAGCGACCUGGAUGCCCUGCUUGGCUGUGUCCGCCUGGCCAUCGCAGACGAGCAGAAGACGGUUGUGUGGACAGAGCAGAGCCCCCACUGAUGCCCCCCGAGGCAUAAAUAAAUUUAGAAAAUGAA